AUGGAGGACCCAGAAGUCUCCCAGGAGAGAGUUCAGCCCGACAGCAAGCCAAACGCCCACAACCUCGACGAAGAAGGAGGGGAACCACCUCCCAGGAAGCCCGGGUCGAAAGCACAAGGGAGAAAAAGGACUAAAACGGGAUGCUUGACAUGCCGCAAGCGACGUAUAAAGUGCGGAGAAGAGAGACCCACUUGCCAUAACUGCACGAAAUCCAAACGUCAUUGCGAAGGCUACAACCAAAGAGUUGUCUUUAAAGACCCUUUGAACGCUUAUCGGCCUUCCUUCUCAGCUGCUUCUUCACAUGCAGCAAUUCCUAGGUCAAGUGCAGUCCAGCCAGGACUUCGCCAUGGCGAGGGGUAUCCACAGCCUACGCCUGGGCAAACCCCGUUGCUUCUUGCCCCAAAGCUCCAAGGAACCUUUGGGCCUUCCAGAGCUGUCGAUGUGCCUCCUUUACCUGCUGCUACAUCACCUGGUAGUGAGCGUCGGGUUUACACCUUCUCUGACAUCAAGGGUCCUGCAACAGAAAAUAAAAACCCCCAGCCCAGAGGUUCACCCCCUUUUGGCACCCAGACCGACACCGUCGAUCAGUCUCACAUUCCUGAUCCCCGACCUAAGCGCUCCCCACGAGAUCAAGCGACUCACUACGACUUCAACGCUUUGGUUAAACAGGAGCACAGAGAACAUCCACCCAUUACUCCGGCGCAAAUAGGUCCCUUGGACUGGUCUGCUGCUGGCCCAAGUAGUGGGUCCCCUUCACAUCCGCAGGAACUGUUCCGCGAUUCUAACAGACAGUUCGCAGCCGCUGUACCCUUUCACCAAGCUUACCCGACCACAUCUACUUGGGAGCCUAUAACUACUCCAGCUGCGGUCAGCCAGUCUUUCCCUGCACUUGCUCAACAUCAAACCACUUUCGUUGCGAAAGUCGAUGGCCAACCACAACAACCCUUAGAAGGGUUAAUUAGGGAACAGGGAACCCUCCCCCCAGGUUGGCAGGGAAAUCAGCUUCAAAGCCAUGAAUACCCGCCACUGGCAACGGAGUGGACGACUGUGCAAUCAAGUCCACACGAAGAAAAUACAUCUGCUGUUGUCGAGGAUGAGGAUGAUCCUUUCGAUGUCUCCGAUGACGAUAUCACCAUGGAGGAGGAAGAGGAGAGUUCUGGUGCGUGGCGGGAAGAUAUUCAGGAUGGUCAUCUCAGGAACAAUGAUCUUGGCAUUGCCGUUGCCCUUCAAGCUCAACAGGAUAACCAAGACCUCAGUCUCCGUUCACUCACAUCUUUCAUUGACCGCCCAAAUAUGCUGGCAACCUACACACCAUCUCCUCAAUCGACGCCUCUAAAGGACUCCAUGACUGCUAGAAUAUUCUGUCAUUUCGUUAAUGUCACUGGACCGUGCAUAUCUCUAUUCGAAAGACACCCAGCUAACCCUUCGCUCAUGUUCCAAGGAGUACCAGUGCCCAAAUCCCAGCAGAAUAUAUGGGCUUACACCCUUCCCACUCUCGCGCUCCAAAACCCUGCCCUGCUGCAUGCAAUGCUCGCUAUCGGCAGCCUCCAUAUUGCGAAACUUCAGAAUGGACCCAUCGCUGCAUCGUUGAAGCAUUACGCAAUCGGUCUCCGCAGAGUUGCAAAAAGUGUCAGCAUCUACAGUCGACGACGACAGCCUGCAACAUUGGCCGCUGCAAUGCUGCUAGCGUUUUACGAGGUCUGGUCCGCAGAUCAUCAAAAAUGGAGUAACCACCUCCUGGGAGCCAAGCAAUUAGUGAGAGAAAUUGAUUUUGCGGGCAUGACUCGAUAUAUAAAGAACAAAACGGCGCGACGACGUCAAGAAGAGCAACAGAGAUAUCAACAGACUCAGGUGCAGGGAGUCCCAUACGGACUCGAUGAUAGAACCCGAUUUCAACCAAAUAUUGACGAAGUCGACGAGAAUAUAGUCUCGAUGUUGAUGGGAAAAAAACUUUUCUAUGACCAAUACGGUCAAAUAAUUGACGACAGUGUUUGGGACGGCCCCCAGAGUAAAGAGUAUAGUGAAAGAGAUCUGGAAACAUACGAGACUCAACGCGACCUCUUCUGGUGGUACUGCAAACAGGAUGUGUACCAAAGUAUUCUUGGCGGAGGCCGUCUCUUCAUGGACUACUCUCUUUGGAGUCAUUGCCCACCAAGAUCGUCACUGGGCCGCCUCACUGCCACCUAUGGCACAUUUGACCACCUCAUACUUCUCAUGGGUCGCCUCGCUGACUUUGCUGCCAAAGACUUGAAGAGAAAACGACUGGCCAUCAAAGCCAAUGGAGGUCAUUGGAAACCGCCACCAGAAUACAUGCAGAUGCAGGCUCAAGCAGCUCAGGCGUCCGGCUCGCAGGAAUUUCCGCAGACUCCUCCAAAGCAGCCCCAGAUGCCUGCGUUUAGCGGCAUGGUUCCCGGAGUCCAUGAGGCCCAGCUCCCCAUGGGAUUUGAGCCAUCGAGAGAGGACUCCUCCCCCGGAAGCACGCAAAGUAACGAUAUAGACCUACAAGCACGUACCCAGGAGGCCGAAGAGGAAUGGCAGGAAAUCCGAAACGCUUUCGGUGUGCUCGAGGACUACUUCGGGGAAGAUUUCCAGGCCCUUGGCCCGGAAUUCUCUGAACCGAUGGAUACACCUUUUGGACCAGCUCUUAAGUAUCGGACAUAUGCUAUCGCUGGUAUCUGGAUGAACUUUUAUAUGGGACUGAUUGCUUGCCAUCGGGCACAUCCAUCAAUGCCUCCUGCGGCCAUGAUGGCUGCUGGGAUCGCAGCCAGACAGACUGCUUCUUUUGCAACCGAACUUGGUCGCACAGCGGCGGGGAUUGCUCCUGAUUGCAGCUUGACAACUCAAGUUAACCCGACUGUUGGCGCAGCCUUGAUCGAGUCGUCGAUUUGUCUCUUCAUUUCCGGAGUACAAUACCAAAACGCAGCCCAGCGCGAAUGGACCGUUCGUAGACUUCGCGAUAUCGGUCGCCUAACUGGAUGGCAAACAGCAUACGCCGUUGCUGCAGGCUGCGAAUCAUCAUGGGUCAAAACUUACGAGGCGGGCAAAGGCCCACCAUAUACCAAAACUUUUGAGGGAAAAGUGGUUCCCGAUAUUUUGAUCAGUUCGAGGAGAAUUGAUAGAGCACUCUUGGGAUUAAGUGCCGACGAGAGGAGAUCGGUGAUCGAAAGGUCGGAUCGAGUGCACUAUGCCUUGGGAGUACUUAGCAUCCAGGAGGACUUCGAGAACUUGGACCUGGAUGUUGAUGAGAGCCAACCACGUCCAAUGUAA